UGUGUGACACGGGCAAUCAAAAACAAAAAAAGAUGCCUGAAUUGAAAGAAGAGUGAGUUAAUGAAUGUGACUAAUGUAAGGGGAAUAUUUUUGUAAAUUAUGCAAGGAAGGAUUGACUGACCAUUUUGUAUUUUAACUAAAACGCGGACAGGGGGGGGGGUUUCUUUGUUGUUUUAAUUUUUUAAAGAAUAAAGUCUUGAAUAAAAAUUCUUUUUUUCACCCUAUUAAAGUUUCUAUAAACUUUGCAUUUUUUUAAAUAUUUUUUGUUUAAAAAAUGUUUUUUUUUCAAUUUAUAGCCGAUCAAUUAGUAAUAACAAAUUAGAAAAAAAAAUUUCUUUCAAAAAUGCCUAGUGCUGCAAGUAUUAUUCCUGUUUUUACAAGUGCUAGUAACAAGACUACUAGAAGGCGUAGAAUUUUAAAUAAACCUGAUUUUAUAGAUGAUUCUACAAAAGGCAAGGCUAAAAAGACUAAAAAGAAAAAGCAAAAACAAAAGGCAAAAAAUAAUUCCACAAUGGAUGAACAGUUAUUAAACGAAGUUACUAUUAAUGAUGUUGAACAAGACGAUCCUCAGACGGGUGAAUUGGAAAGUGGUGCAGACCAUGUUGAAAUUGGUCCGGAUCCUGUUGAAGCUAGUGUUAAUGAAGAGGAGAUGCCUCCAAGAAUUUCUGUUGAUUCUACAGGAGGCAAUGCUUGUUUAAACAACGAGGGGACUGAGGAUGGAAGUGAGAAUUUACUUGAUUUGCAAGUGAAUGAGCCUUCCAAUUCACAAGCCGAUCAGUCUGAAGAAAUGAAUUGUCUUGUUGCCGAGAAGUUAAUUGAGAAACAAAGUGGUGUAAAUAAAUUAAUCGAGCCUGUAUUAAAUUUUGAUUCCUCAAUGGAUCUACAGUUAUCUAACAAAGAGAAUAUUGGUUACUCAACCCAAAGUGUUUCUUGCGGAGCUAGCAUUGAUGUAAAUGUGCCUACAGAAGAGGUGCUUCCAGUAAUUGCUGAGGUUAAUAUUGUUUCUGGUGGAGGCGAUUGUUUGGAUUUAAAGUUGGGUGAUAAAGGAAAUAUUCCUUCGACUUCUGAAGAAAAUAGUCGACCUUUUGGAACAAGUGGUGGUUCUGAUGAUACUUCUGAUGGAAAGCCUCCAAGAAAAGUUUUAAAAGAAAAACUUGACAUAUAUGACGCAAGUUUUUCAAAGUUAUCUGGAGAAGAAGUUAAGAGUGAUUGUACUUCUCAACAAUUAUCAGAAGUGCUUAAUGUAUUCACUAAUAGCUAUUUUAAAUUGGUUAAAAAGAAGGAAAAGUUAAAGUUGCUUCGAAGGGAUGAUGUUACUGGCCAACCUUUUGAGGAAUUAGUGGAGAUAGAUGAGGAUUACUUUUUUAAGAAAAUCCGAGAUUUAAUUGUGACAAAAGUUAAAUUAUCCAAAAAAGGAAAAAAGCCUAGGCUUGUGUAUAUGUCUUCUGAAAUGUAUAUUAAAAGAGCUAUUAAGUUUUUGGAAGGCGAAGAAAGACGUGAUGAAUCUUUUGCUUCCGAAGCAAUCUGGGGAGCCUUCGCAAUAGAAGUAGCGUUAUUUUACAAAGAUUUUGACAUUUUGAUUGUUGGCCAUAGUUCGUUGCAGACACUUGCCUUAUUUGCUGCUGAAUUUCACUAUAAAGAUUUCUCUCCCAACUUUUUCAGGAGCAUUAUCGAUAACUUGAAUCACUGUCAUAAAAACUUCUACUCCGGGAAUGAAGAAACGCGAACAGUAUAUAAUUACUUAUUAUACGUCCAGGACUUUUGUAAAUAUUUUAAAAAAAUUGAUAAAGCGGUUUUUAAAGAAGAACUUGUAAAAUUCCUUCCAACAAACAAGGAACCAAAAGAAAUCGAUAAUAUAUUUAUAUAUAAAUGGUCUCAAUAUUCUAAAAUUGGUGGUCAUGGACCUCAUCACUUUAAAUACGAGGCAACUGAUAGAAAACGCAAAGAUAAAAACAUUCAACAAUCGAAAGGUGUAGAUGGUGAAGGUUGUUCUACUUCAAUGACUACAGGGAGUGGACAAGGAGGAGGACGUGGUUUAACUGGCAGUGGAAAUAAGGAAGAUAAAUGGUUUUACAAUAAAGGAGGAAAUAAAGGUUGGAAUAAUCGUGGAGGUAGUAGAGGAAUUAAAAAAGGAGGAGGAAGAUGA